GACGUUUUUGUUAAGCGUAAGACGUUGACAUAUGACAGUGUACAACUGUGUUCAGCUAGAGUCAUUUGUCCAGGUUUUAACAAGUAUAUGGGCAUAUAUAGUUGUUACACAACUGAAUGACUUUACAUGCCUUAAGCUUUGAUAUUUUUGUUUGUGUCUGCUUUUCUUCAACGGAGUUCGCCAAGGAGGUGUUUUUGUUCGUGUGUUGUUUUGUGUAUUUAGCAUUCUUUCUGGAUGUAUCCAUUUAAAGGGUGAUGAAUAGAUAAUUGUUUGAAGUUUAUAUCCGAGUGAGUUUUCUCCUAUUUAAGAAUGUCAUCGAAAUCCAAAAUGGGUUAUUUAAUAAUUCCGGCGAUACUUUUAGCAAAUUGUCGGAUAAUUAUGUCUGCAGCAAGUAUCGCACGUUUAAGAGGUGGUGUCGACGGCCGGACUACUGGUCGGGUUGAAGUCUCUAGGAAUGGAACGCACUGGGGGACGGUGUGUGAUGAUCUUUGGUCAGACAGGGAGGCUCAAGUUGUGUGCCGGCAACUUCACUUUCAGUGGGGAACUGCCUUUUCUGGAGCAGCUUUUGGCGAGGGGCAGGGUGAUAUCUUCCUCGACAACGUGCAAUGCACGGGCACCGAAUCAAACCUCGGUGAUUGUCAGCAUAAUGGGUGGGGUAACAACAACUGUCGACAUUAUGAGGACGCCGGCGUUGCUUGCUAUAACAGUUCAGUUCGAUUGAAAUCCAGAGGAAUGACAAAUGUAGGUACUGUUGAAAUCCGUUUGAAUGAAGGUUGGGUCGAGGUGUGUGACCAGGACUGGGACAAUGUAGACGCUAAAGUAUUAUGUCGGGAGAUGGGCAUGGUUGAUGGCCUUGCCCUCUGUUGUUCCACUCUCGGAGUAGACCAGUCGGACUCGAGCCCCAAUAAAGCUUUUACAAAUUUCAACUGUGAAGGACCAGAAAAAAGUUUGCUGAAAUGUCAAAGUCAAGAGCUAAGAACAAAAUGUGCAUCAGAACACAGAGCCUCGGCUAUAUGUUAUAACACCUCAAUCAGCCAAGUAGAUAUGUCAUUUGCUGUGCGGCUUGGAAAUGAUUCAAAAAUGAAAAAUUACUGGGGUGAAGUGAAUGUACGACAUAAAGGGAUCUGGGGACAAGUUUGUUCUUUGGGAGACAACUGGAAUGAUAAAGCAGCUGGAAUAGUUUGCAGACAAUUAGGAUUUAAAGGCGGUGUAGCAUAUGGCACAGUGAAUGAGACUUUCAUGCCAAGUUGGAUUGUUGAUAUGAACUGUACUGGAACAGAAAAAUCUUUAGAGCAGUGUGCCAAGGGGCCAUGGGGUCAGCCGGUUAGAUCAUGUAAACCAGCAUAUGCUCUCUGUUAUCAAAGAGGUAUCAGUGUAGCACUGAAAGGGGGUGGAGAAUAUUAUGGUCGUGUAGAGUUGACACAUGACCAGCAUACUGGUACAAUAUGUGAUACAGCUUGGUCAACAAGUGAUGCUCGCGUGGUUUGUAAGCAGCUUGGUUAUGCUGAUGGUGAUCCAGUUACAGGUUCAUAUUAUGGAAAGGGUAAAGGUCCAGUGAUGAUGAACGGUCUUGGUUGCUAUGGUUCUGAAAAAAACAUUACACAGUGUAGAAACAAGGGAUGGAUGACUUAUAAUGGAACAAAAUGUGCCAAUCACUCGAAUGAUGCAUCUGUCGUCUGCUACAAAAAUGUGCGUUUGUCCAGAGGAGACCACUCUCAUGGUGUUGUACAGAUCAUGGAGGAGAAUUGGUCAGUACUUUGUGGUGAAGGUUUUAAAGACAAGGAGGCUAGGAUAGUGUGUACUCAGUUAGGUUUCCAAGAUGGUAUGGCCCUUGCUAUGGGCUCAUUUGGCACAUUCUACGGGAAAUAUGUGCGACCAAAUGUCUCGUGUAAUGGGACAGAAAAGUCAAUAUUGGAAUGUUCGUACGAUAAAUUCCGAGCAUGUCAGAAAGAUUCUUUCCUUGGGUAUGCAGUGGUAUCCUGCUUCAACGGAUCACUAAGCACAAAGAAACAAAUGAAACUAGAAGGUGGUGAAGGUUCAACAAUGGGCAAUCAGACAGGACGGGUAACAGUACAGCAGUAUGGUAUCUGGGGCCGCGUUUGUCCCAAUGCCUGGGAUGACAAUGAUGCAACUGUUGUCUGUAAGAUGCUGGGAUAUCUUGGUGGGGUGGCCUAUAAAUAUACAUCAGCAGGAUAUGGACCUUACACACUUGGUAAAGUUGGUUGCUAUGGAAACGAAUCAUCACUAUUUGACUGUCCAGUGAGUAGUGGACUAUGUGAUGCUAAGUUCUCAUCAGGAGAUGCUGGUGUUUUGUGUUAUACAAUAAAAAAGCCGGCCUUGCGUUUAGUUGGAUCUGCAAACUCGGGACAUUUAGAAAUCAUUCUGGAUAGUUUCAAAGGAACAAUCUGCGACUUUGGUUGGUCACGUUAUGAUGCUAGUGUUGCAUGUAAACAACUCGGAUUUCAAGAUGGUGAGCCACGGAGUCACUAUCCUUCUAAUGGAGCUACAGUGGUGAUGUCAUCAAUGGGUUGCUAUGGUGAGGAAAGUUCUAUAUUCAUGUGCCGUAACCCAGGUUGGCAGAAAAAUAUUGAUGAGAGGUGUUACGAGGCUAAUAGAAAUGCAGGGGUCUUCUGUUACAAUAACGUGCGUAUAUCUGGUGGGCAGAACAAUGAGAAUAUGACUGCUGGGAAAGUUGAAAUGUAUAGCCAUGGCAAUUGGGUAACCAUGUGUGCUAAAGGAUUUGAUGCUAAAGAUGCUCAUGUUGUCUGCAGAGAACUGGGCUUUCCAAACAGCAAAGAUCUUGUACCAGGAGCAUUUGGCAGGAGGUAUUAUUCUGAAUAUGUUCUUGGGUUUAACUGUACUGGCAAAGAGGCGACAAUAGCUAACUGUGGGUAUGAGGAGACAGGAGAGUGUAAAGACAGAUCAUCCAACUAUGCCUCUGUACUGUGUUCUAAACUAGCUAUAGAUAAUUCAGAUAUAAAUAUUCUGCCCUUCACCAAUUUCCCGGCAACAGUUGUGGUAGAGAAGCACGGAAUGAAUGGUACGAUUUGUGCCGAGGGAUGGGACAAUAAAGAUGCAGAUGUGUUAUGUCGACAGCUUGGCUACUCUGGUGGUGGUGUUUCAUUUGGACCAUUAUACUCUGGAUCAAGUACCCCUAUCUGGAUGACCAGUGUGGAAUGCAAGGGCAAUGAGCCCAGUAUACAGAAAUGUAAAUUUAAGGAAACGCCCACAAGUGGUUGCUUAUCCAAUCAUAUGGCAGCUAGGGUCUACUGUUAUGAAGGACCAGGAUUCCAGGUGAGGCUGGUGAAUGGCAGUUCUCCGGCGGAGGGGCGUGUACAGGUGUCAUAUGGUGGAGAAUGGGGUACAAUCUGUGACUCGUACUGGGCAAAUAAUGAUGCUAGAGUUGUUUGUCGACAACUGGGGUACCUAGAUGGCGUUGCUCAGCCAAACUCUUUCUAUGGUCCAGGCACUGGACCAUCCUGGCUGUAUUAUGUACGCUGUGACGGGGAUGAGAAAUCUAUAUGGUCAUGUACAAAUUCAGGAUUUAAUGUUAGUCAUACUACAUGUAGGAAUCAUAAAUAUGAUGCCAGUGUAUACUGCACAGACAGAGUGCGACUUGAACCCAAUGUCACAUACGGAGCUGUGGAGAUUUGGAAUGAUGAUAAGUACCAGCUAGUUUGCGCGGAUGGAUUUGACGAUAUCGCUGCCAAGGUUGUGUGUAGGUCAGCAGGAUUCCAGAAUGGAAUUAGCGUAUGCUGCUCAGCUUUCGGCAAGAUGGAUUAUGAGAUUAGUUACCAUAGCAUCAAUUGCCAAGGGGACGAGGCAUCUAUACUUGACUGCAAAUAUCAGUCUGGCAUAGACCGCUGUCCGAGUAAAAAGUAUGCCUCAGUGGCAUGCUCUGAUCUCCCUGGAAGUGGAGAAUAUGAGUUAAGACUAAACAGUCAUAAUCGAGGAACUGUAUCGAUCCGUCAUUUUGAUAUCUGGGGUUACAUAUGUGCAGACGACUUUGACGAUGCAGAGGCUACAGUUAUAUGCAGGGAACUAGGGUUUCAGGGCGGGUUUGCUUACUUCCAAGUGCGAUACAGCAAUCCAAAAAAUAUAGGAAUUCCAUGGUUGUCAAAUGUAAAUUGCACUGGACAAGAAAGUUAUCUAGGAAAGUGCGGAAAUAUUAGAUGGGGUUCGGUGGACCGGUGCAAGUCAGAUAUAGAUCCGGCUGUUUAUUGUUACCAGAAAGAAGGUCUGAAAAUCGAAUUGGUAAAUGGAACUACCCAUACGAAUGGACGAAUAAAGAUUACAUUAGAUGGAAAAGUUGGCAGUAUAUGUGGGUUCUCAUACUUUUCUGAUAAGACUGCAGCUGUUGUCUGCCGUCAAAUGGGUUAUAAAGGAGGACGGAGGUUGAAGAUGGGGAUUUUUGGGGCCGGAGAUGGAAAAUUUUACUUAAACAGCAUGAGAUGUCAUGGAAAUGAGUCAGCCGUAACUGAAUGCCCAAUGCUGAUUGAAAAAAUUGGGGACAUUAGCGAUACUGAAGAUUUUCAGAUUGUGCAGUUUCGGGGACGUGGCAUCUGGUAUCGUAAUUACCAUCGUAACUCCUGCUGGAUGCACAAAGAUGAUGCUGCUGUACAGUGCUAUGACUCAGUACGCCUGUCAAACACAAAUGACUUGAAUUAUGGUAUCCUGGAGAUGUAUGACGAGAAAACAAAAUGGUCAGCUGUCUGUGACCAAGGAUUUAACCAAGUUACAGCACGAGUUGCUUGCCGACAGUUGGGAUAUGUUGAUGGAAAAUUUCAACCAGGCUCUGUUCUUGGCACCAAUGAGAGUGAGCAGAUAUCAAUAAUUGGACUGAGUUGUAAUGGAGGUGAAAGCAGUCUUGAGAAAUGUAAAUACACACGUGGAAAUUGCCCAACAAACAAUUAUGUGACUGUGUAUUGUAAUGAGUCUGUGAUAAAGAUAAAAGAAAACCUUGAACUCAGAAUUAAAGGGGGUCUGUAUUAUGGCUCCCUAGAAGUAAACAAAUAUGGCUUCUGGGGUCCAGUUUGUCCUAUUAACUGGACAGACUCCACUGCAAACGCAACAUGCCGUCAACUCAAAUAUGUUGGAGGAAUGGCAUAUAAUGGAACUAGUCGUCUAGACUCCCCUAUGGCGCUUGGUAAAUUCAAAUGUAAGGAAAAUAAUCGAAAUCUUAGUUCGUGUAGUUAUAGCGGGUUCAAUCAGGAUAUCGGGUGCCAGUAUCCAAUCAAGGGACGUUAUCAACGACCAACUGCAGGAGUGCUGUGUUACAACCAUGAAGAGGGAGUUAAGUUCAGAGUCGAUGGCAAGGGACGUGUACAGAUUAUGUUUAAUGGAGAAUGGGGCCGCGUCUGCAAUAGCAGUUGGGGUGACAAAGAAGCAGGAGUUUUAUGUCGACAGUUGGGGUUCAUUGAUGGCAUAGUAAGCACAUUUGACAGUCGCAGCAAAGGUCAUGUGUGGAUGAAUUAUAUAGAAUGUGAUGGGCAUGAGAAGUCUAUUCUAGAGUGUAGUAAUACCUGGACACCAGGCUCAGCUAACUGUGAUGAUGCUGGAGUUGUCUGCCUUAAGUCUGUGAUGUUAACAAAGGGUAACUUUGUGUCCCAUGGAGCUGUUGAGGUGAAUAUAAACAAACACUGGGGUCUUGUUUGUAAUGAUCACUGGGACCAGAAAGAUGUUGAUGUAACAUGUACACAGUUAGGUUUUGAUACUGGAGUACCAUUGUGCUGUUCUCCAUAUGGCUACAUCAAAUCACAUGGAACCAUGGAAACUGUCAAAUGUAAGGGAAAUGAAGCUCAACUAAUUGAUUGUCCUCAUGAACUGCCAUAUGGUUCAAUGUGUUCCAUGGAUUAUGCAGCUGCAGCCUGCUACAAUGGAAAACUGCCUACAGAGGCCAAGGUUUCAGUAGCUGGGAAGAAUGGUGCUGGGCCUGUUGUCAUGACAUUCAUGAAUAUAAGUGGCCGUAUCUGUGCAGAUGACUGGGAUGACAGAGAUGCCAUGGUUGUAUGUAAACAACUAGGAUAUGCUAAUGGUCAAGCUUACUUUCAUUAUAAAUGGAGUACUGGAAGGGGAGAUAAUGCACCAUUCUGGACAUCUAAAGUAAAUUGUACUGGUAUGGAGCGAACUCUUGAUGAAUGUCCAAAGACUCCAUAUGGACAUGUACAAGACUGUGUGGGAAGACAUUAUGCUGGAGCACAUUGUUUCCAGGCAUUUGGUGUUGCAUACAGAAUGGUUGGAGGCGAACAUAACUACGGCAGAGUUGAAGUUUCAGUUGACAAAGUUUGGGGAACAAUUUGUAACCGCUACUGGGAUGUAAAUGAUGCUAGAGUUUUGUGUCGAUACUUUGGCUAUGUGACAGGAUUCCCAUUGUAUACGGGGAAAUUUGGCAAAGCGCCAGAAAAAGUGUACGAGUCAAAUCUUCACUGUAAUGGUUCAGAGGAGUCACUGCAGGACUGUCCACAUGAGGGCUGGGAGCAGCCUGACCCCCUCAAACAUAAACAUUGUGCCGACCAUUCUAAAGAUGCUGCUGCUUAUUGUUAUAAUUCAGUGAAGCUAGGAUCUGGUGUAGGAAAACAUAUUACCCAUGGGCCUGUGUUAUAUUACAAUGCAGAAAGGAAUAGCUGGGAAGCUGUUUGUGAUAAAGGCUUUAAUGAUUACAGUGCCAAACUUGUCUGUCAGGAUCUCGGCUUCGAGGAAGGAAAAUCUAUCAGUGGAUCCGCCUACGGAAAGAUCUAUGAGGAUAUACUUGAAAACAAGACAUUAUCUUGCAGUGAAGAAUCAAAAUCAAUAGACAGUUGUUUAUUAGAUGGUCCGUGUAACCAGUCAGAUUUUUAUGCAUCAGUGUCAUGCUUCAAGAAAAAUGAUUUACCAUUGAGUGAAGAGUACAAGUUUGAUCUAGAUAGUAGUGAUGCAGGGGACUAUUCGGGUAGAGUGAAGGUUAUGCAUUAUGGCCGAUGGGGUAGAAUUUGUUCUACAGGAUGGGAUGAUAUUGAUGCUAUGGUGUUGUGUAGAAGUAUGAGUUUUCAGCAUGGAAUAGCAUAUUACCAGUCAGACAAUGAGUUCUCUCCCUUGCUAGGCCGGGGACCAUACUGGAUGGGGGAUAUUCAUUGCCAGGGAAAUGAACCAUCUUUGAACGUCUGCAAAUAUAGUAACAGACUUGUCUCGAAAAAUUGUACAGAUCGUACCGAUGCAGCCGCUUUGUGCUACAAUGACCAAGGUAUUAAGUACAGGAUAAUUAAUGACAAGAAACCCGGAAAGGAUAGUGCCUUUGGCCGUGUAGAGAUUUCCCUCAACAAUGUAUGGGGUACAAUUUGUGAUGCAUCAUGGGAUGACAAUGAUGCCCGCGUCUUGUGCCGAGAUAAAGGGUACCAUGAUGGCUAUGCAUUGAAACAGGCAUAUUACGGUCAAGGGAAGACCAGUCCUAUCUGGCUCAGUCACCUGAAAUGUACCGGCAGGGAGUCAAAGCUUCAUAAAUGUGCUCACAGAGGAUUUAAUAGUGGGAUUGUUGAUGGAACAGUUGGCUGGUGGAAGUGCAAAUCACAUAAAGAUGAUGCUGGUGUAUAUUGUAUCAAUGAUUUGAAAUUAAGUGGUAAAUAUAAUACAUCAAUGGGUGCAGUUUUGGUUUACCAUGACAAUGAGUGGCAUGCUGUUUGUGACAAGGACUUUGACUCAAGAGAUGCUCGAGUUGCCUGCAGAACGCUUGGCUUCUCUGAUGGUAAAGUCAUACCAGGCUCUGCAUUCGUUAAUCUCUCCAGUUCAAUAGGUGUGAAUUCUGUUCACUGUGAUGGGGAUGAAAGACAUUUCAAGAAUUGUACGAUGAAGUUUUCAUCAAAAUGUUCGUCUGGAGAGUAUGCAUCAGUAUACUGCAGUCACUCUGUUAUCGUUGAUACAGGAUUCCAUGUACGAGUGAAACCAGAUUACAAUAAAGUAUCUUCCAAGUUCCACGGUUUCCUUGAAGUUCAUCUGGAAGGUGUAUGGGGCAGCAUCUGUGCAGAAGGCUGGGAUGACAAAGCUGCGAAUGUGGCCUGUCGAGAGCUUGGCUACGCUGGUGGACAGGCCUACAGACCACCUAAAAACUUCUCAAGUGCAAUUUUAAUGGACAAUGUAAAAUGUAAAGGCAAUGAAUUGUCCUUGAAGGAUUGCCAAUACACAAGAUGGAGCAGAUUAAAUAGUUGCAACUUUUACAGUCAAAGGGCUGGCGUUUUCUGUUAUAAUGACACUGGAUUAGAAUUCCGACUUGGAGGUGGUGAAGGCGAUCGAGGCCGUGUGGAAAUGAAGUAUAAUGGCGUAUGGGGCAGUAUUUGUGACUGGUUGUGGGAUUCGAGGGAUGCUAAAGUGUUUUGUCGGAACAUAGGUUACGUAGAUGGACUUGAAGUUGUCGGUGCUAGAUAUGGACAUGUUAACGGACCACUUUGGUUUACACGUGUAAGUUGUAAAGGAGACGAACAAAGUGUAUUGCAGUGUCGACAUACAGGUUUUAAUAGUUCAGAUGAAAUGGAAGGAGUUUACGCGGGACUUUGUAGGACAAGGUCACAUGAUGCAGCAGCUAGAUGUUUUAACAGAAAAUUAGAAAUAACAGAUAUUCGACUGGUUAAUACCCAGAAUGACCCUACAUAUGGACGUGUGGAGGUUUAUCUAGCUGGGGCGGAGCAGUGGGGAACUGUGUGCGAUGAUUACUGGGGAGAUCUUGAUGCCCAAGUUGUCUGCAGGCAGCUUGGAUUUGCCGAGGGGAAGGGAGUUAAAGGGGCUCAGUUUGGCAGGGGAAAAGGCCCAGUCUGGUUGGACAAUCUAAGAUGUAUUGGUAACGAGUCAGAACUCCAGGACUGUCCACAUAAUAGUUACGCUGUACAGAACUGUAACCAUGGAGAAGACGCUGGUGUUUAUUGUACUGGUACGCGGACUACACCAUCACCGGAACCGGAUGAACAGAAAGCUAAAAUGUUACCAACGGUUUUACAGGGCAGUAACACUAUAGUCAUUGCUGUGACUGUUCCAAUUAUUGUGAUACUCGUUGUAAUAAUAGCCCUUGGUGUUUAUAUACUUUAUCGCCGAUCACGGCCUCAUGGCGAGAUUAAAAAGGUUUUAGUGCACAAUGACAUGAAUGAUCCAAAUCCAUCUGCCUCCCAACCUGCAGCAGACGGUCGAGUUACGCUUUCAAAAUUAAAGGCUCAUUUUUCGAAGUCGAAAUUGAACGACAAUGAAGAUGAGUCUGAGCAACAACCAGCUGCUGGCGUAACAAAUCCGGUGUACCAAGACGACAGAAACCGAGGAAUCAUAAUGGAGGAAGCAGCUAUUCAGCAACCACAUUCAAAUGGAUAUGAUAUCUAAAUCAUUGUUUCUAUAGACUAUAUAUAUUUUGUGAUGCUUGACCGUUCUUUAAGAAUGAAAUUCAAACGCUUUUUAUUUUUUAUGCUUGUGUUAUUCUCCUGGGAAACAAGGCUUGAAACACAUUAGAAUUACUGGAAAACAAGGCUUAAUGAAAGAAUUCUUAGGAAUAUUUUUUAUAGCUCUUUAGUAUAGGGAUUUCAUCUCUUAAAUGAAUUAAAAACAGUUUGUCACAAAACUUUUUUUUAAAUACUUGUAAACUAUUCAGGUAGUUCUGCACAUUUGAUAAAAUGGAAGUAAUGGCAUAAUGUCAUUUAUCUGGAUAAUGUGGAAUAACAUCUGGACCCGGCAUCCGGAAAUGAAAAUCAUUUUAUGAAUAUCAGGGUCCAUUUCUACCUUGCAGAAAACGUUUUGACCCAAAUGUGCAGAACUACCUUAACAGCAACAAUCUGUUUCCUUUUCCCUUUAGUAAGCCUUUUUUUCCAAAAGAAUAACACAUUUUGUAUGUUUGCAGUUGUUUCUUAUUUACUGAACUGCUUAUGUCAGAUUUAGAGUAUGUUCAUAACUAGCAGUUAUUUGCUCAUAGCUUAAAAAAACUUGAAGAUAUCUUUGAAGGAAAGAUGAGCAUUUUAUAGUUAAUUAUAUUCAGUGAAAAAAGUGGAAAUUUAGGAGAAAGUUUAUGAGUUCUAGGAUCACCUGUUAAUCUAAAAUUGACUAAGUCAGUCACAUUUGAGCAACAUUUUAUGACAUUUUUUCAGUUUGCAUAUAUUUUGUUAGAGAUUUAUUUAAGGAACAGAACAUUACAUAGAAUUAGAUCCCUUCUCGAAAUAUAUAUUUUAUUACUUUUCAUGAAAUUUUGUAAUUACCACCUUUUAAUGUAAAGUAUUUAUAAAGAUGGACUAUUUAUUUAGAUUUUAAUAUGAUUUCUAGUUUUACAUUAAUUUUGCAUUUGAUAGAUAUUGGGAUGUUUAAACUACCUGAAACAAAACAAGUUUUAAAACAGCAUGUAUCUUUGCAAAUCAUCUAUUUUCAAUCUAACUUGACUGCAAAACUGACAUAGGCAAAGGGAGGUAAUAGUAAUUUUAUGAACUUGCAUUAAUUUUGCAUUUCUAAUGAAUUUUGGCAAAAUAUAUACUUGUCAAUGCAAAUAUGUGACAAACUUGAUACAAUAGUGCUUAUAUUCAUAUUAUUCCUCAUGCAAAAUAUGUUUAUUAAAUAUGCUAAAAUAAUGCUAAUGUUGGACAACCAGAAUAGAAAAAUCAAAUUCUAAAAAUACUUCCACUGAAAAUUUAACAUGUUCUAAAAAAUCAGUGAACACAAAUAAGUGUAAAUAAUUAGUUUGUAAAGUUUUGAACAGAUUCAGGAGUUGACAAAAAUCUGAUUAACCACCUUUAAAAUGCUAAAUUCACCUAUUGCUGUAUCAAUAAUAGAUCAGCAUUAUAUUGUAAACUUUGCACCAGUGUGUCUUCUACAGCUACAAACAGCUCUGCAAAAUUACAGCAAAGUAGAUAUGUUAUACGAAAGUUAUGGCAGUUUGACCAGAUUCCAUACUUUUAAACAUUUAUGAAUACAAAACCUGGCUGGAAAAAUGUGCCAACAAAGUUUGAUCAUUUUCAGAUAAAAUACAAUAGAGUAUCUUGUUUACAUUAAAAUACAUUGGCUGCAGCAACUGACAGCUUGUGUUAAAUUCUGCAGAAAUUGAUAAAAAAAAGCAUCUACAAAAGCUUUCCAUUUUUACAUUCAUAUUUUCUUUUUUAUAAGAAGGUUUUGUGUUACAGAGUGACACUCUUAGGAAAUUAAGGUUCACUGGAGGGGUGUACAGCUCUGGUUAAUGUCUUUGCUAUAAAAAUUAUCUGCUGUUGAAUUCAUAUUCUGAUAUGCUUGUUUCUGUUAAAACACGCUUACGCUAAAAUGAUGUCACGUUAAUGUGCGACGUCGUCAAUGUUUUUGUUGCGACCAAGGAAGAGCGCUACUAUAUUUUAUCUGCUGUUUUAGAUUAAGGGCAUAUUAGAGUCAAAAUAAUGUUAAGCAAAAUCGUGUUUUACCUAAAUUAAUACACUCAAAAUCGGUUAUACAUCGCCAGAAUAAUUCACUCGGGCUAUGCCCUCUUGAAAUUAUUCCACGGACCUAUAACCGCUUUCGGUGUAUUAAUAACAUUAAAACAUGGGUUUUCUAUACAUUAUUUUUCAUUAGUAGGUCUUGUUUAGAUUUAAUUAUACAACAACAGGAUUUGUGUUCCAUAAGACUUAUUUCAUCAUUGUAUUACUAGUGGGACCCUGUGUAUAAAAUUUCAUACCAUAUUUCUUGUUUAGUGCACGAAAACAUUUUUUUCAACACUACUUUUAUUAUAACCAGUACUAUACUACUGUGAAAUUGCUUAAUAUGUAUUUUACUGCAAAUAAAUAUUUUGUCUCAUA